AUGUGGCGACCGGUGGCGGGGCAGCCGUGGGGGCGGACGACGUACGCGUACCAGGAGCCGCGCGGGGUCAGGGGGAGUAGUUUCGGUCUCGGCGCGGAGCAGGUCUCGAAUCCGGGGUACUACGGCCCGUGGCUGCCGUCCUGGUACGGAUUCGACGGCUACAUUGACGAGCGAUGUGCAGCGGGCGGCAGGUGGUGGCCGUACGGAGCGGGAGGCUGCGUUGCGACGGGACGCAACACGGUGGAGAAGUCGCGCAGGACGUGCCUGAGCACGCGCUGCUGCCGCUUCGUGCGCGGCGUCACGGGCCUGAACUUCAACCUCGUGUGCGGCACCGGCCGCGGGGCCACGAUCGAGGCCCAGCGCGACGCCCGCGCCGCCAUCCUGGACGACGCCCUCGGGCUGUCGAACGACGAGCAGUUCAUCCGCAUCGCCGCCGACCGCGUCCUGGUGUGA